AUGUUCCCUUCUCAACAAGCCUUAAAGAACAACUUCAUUGUUCCUUCUCCUGCUAAGGAUGCUGCCCCUACCGGUGCUAACCUCUAUGCUCGUUUUGCCAUUGCCGGUGCUCUUUGCUGUGGUAUCACUCACGGUGCUAUAACCCCCGUUGAUGUCGUUAAGACCAGAAUUCAAUUAUCUCCUGAAGUUUACAACAAGGGUAUGAUUGCCGGUUUCCGUCAAGUUGUUCAAGCCGAAGGUGCUGGUGCCUUGUUGACCGGUUUCGGUCCUACUGCUGCUGGUUACUUCUUGCAAGGUGCCUUCAAGUUCGGUGGUUACGAAUUCUGGAAGAAGACUUUCAUUGAUCUCAUUGGUGUUGAGAAGGCUUCUGAAAACCGUACUGCCAUCUAUCUCGGUUCUUCUGCUAUUGCCGAAUUCUUUGCUGAUGUUGCUCUCUGUCCUUUGGAAGCCACUCGUAUUCGUCUCGUCUCUCAACCUUCUUUCGCCACUGGUCUCCUCUCCGGUUUCACCAGAAUCUUGAAGGAAGAAGGUGCCAUCAAGGGUUUCUACUCUGGUUUCGGUCCUAUCUUGUUCAAGCAAGUUCCUUAUACCAUGGCCAAGUUCGUCGUCUAUGAACGUACUACUGAACUCAUCUUGAAGAACAUUGAUACUCCCAAGGAUCAACUUUCUCCCUCUGUCAUGACCACUGUCAACCUUGGUUCCGGUAUCGUUGCUGGUACUGUUGCUGCCAUCGUCUCUCAACCCGCUGAUACUUUGUUGUCCAAGAUCAACAAGCAAAAGGGUGUUGAAGGUGAAUCCCUUACCUCUCGUCUUAUUGGCAUGGCCAAGCAACUCGGUCCUAAGGGUCUCUUCUUGGGUCUCGGUCCCCGUAUUGUCAUGGUUGCCACUCUUACUGCUGGUCAAUUCGCUAUCUAUGGUGAUAUCAAGCGUGUCUUGGGUGCUACUAACGGUGUUGAAAUUGCCAAGACCAACUAA